AUGCCUCGUCCGCCAGCCAACAAAAAGCAGUCCAAGACCACAGCGAAGAAGGUGUUCAAGAACAAGCAGCCAAGAAAGGCGGCCAAGUUUGCGCACACGACACCUCUCCAGCUUGAAGGAAUGGUCUUGUGGAUAGAAGUGAGCUCUAACCGCCCUAUUUACCUCGGAGAAUCAACCGCUGGAAAGAGCAUGGCGCAUGGUUCGGGUAUCACGAAGCUCGCUGGAUUUGCAAGUAUGGCGCAGUACGUACACGAGUAUGCUAUGCAAUACGGUGGAGAUGAUCCUCGCCAUUCCGUGGUCUGGGACAGAACAACUUGCCAGAGCCGAUGGGCGUCGCAGUUCAAGCGUUACAAAAACACUCGAGAACGUAAGAACAGCAACACAGGGUUCGGAAUCACGGAAGAGAUGCUGGCAAAUGGAAUUACGGUCGACGACAUGAUCGAGAAGGCGUGUCCGUUCUACACGAGGAUGGACGCAAUGUUUGCAGAGCAAGCCAACGUUAAUCCAGAAUCUGAGUGCCAUGUACCGGAUCUUAGCGACGACGACCGGGCAGUGAAAGUGACGGUGGAGAAACCGUAUUCAAUGUUGGAGCUGAGGAUCUCGAUGUCCGUCAUGAUCGUGAAGACCAAGCCAACCCGAGCAGAGACUUUCAACAUGACGAAGGUGAACCCGACCAGGAAAAUCGACCACCAAGCGGGAUGUCCCAUGCUGAUAUGCCUGCAGAUACAACAAGUUUAUCAAACCGACAACCGCUUCAACAGCUUCUCGGCCGUCAAAACAAGUCCAGCUUAG